AUGGCAGCGACGUAUGAUGUCGGCACCAAGGCGUGGCAGCCCGAUGUUACCGAAGGCUGGGUUGCCUCCGAGGUCGAGCAGAAGAACAUCGACGGAGACAAGGUUACGCUCAUUUUCCAGCUGGCCAAUGGAGAGACAAAAACUUUGGAGACGACGCUGGCCGCCAUUGCAGAGGGCAAAGACGCAAAACUACCACCGCUGAUGAACCCGACAAUGUUGGAGGCCAGUGAUGAUUUAACCAACCUUUCGCAUCUGAACGAGCCCGCAGUAUUACAAGCCAUCAAACUACGAUAUGCACAGAAAGAGAUCUACACGUACUCGGGCAUUGUCCUUAUUGCUACCAAUCCCUUUGCCCGCGUCGACUCGCUCUAUGUUCCGGGAAUGGUCCAGAUUUACGCCGGCAAGCAGCGCCAGACACAAGCGCCGCAUUUGUUUGCUAUAGCAGAGGAGGCUUUUGCGGACAUGCUUCGAGAUGGUCGCAAUCAGACAAUCGUCGUUUCGGGAGAGUCUGGUGCCGGAAAGACCGUCUCCGCUAAAUACAUCAUGCGCUACUUUGCAACAAGAGAAUCACCGGACCAGCCUGGCUCUCGCUCAAAGGGUCGCGUCGAGAGUAUGAGCGAGACCGAAGAGCAAAUUCUGGCUACUAACCCUAUCAUGGAGGCCUUCGGAAACGCAAAGACAACCCGCAACGACAACUCAUCAAGAUUCGGAAAAUACAUCGAGAUCAUGUUUGACAAGAAGACGGACAUCAUUGGUGCGAGAAUUAGGGUAUACCUGCUCGAGCGUUCGAGACUGGUUUUCCAACCGCUCAAGGAGAGAAACUACCACAUCUUCUACCAACUCGUGGCUGGUGCUUCGGAUGCUGAAAAGGAAGAGCUUGGUUUAAUACCCGUGGAAGAGUUCGACUACCUGAACCAGGGCAGUGCCGCACAAAUAGAGGGUAUGGACGACGCAAAGGAGUUCAGCGACACCAAAGAGGCCUUGACCAGGAUCGGUGUUUCGACCAGUCAGCAAUCUUCCAUCUGGAGAAUUCUCGCCGCUCUAUUGCACAUUGGAAACAUCAAGAUUAUAGCCACACGUACCGACUCGCAGCUCUCUGCCUCCGACGCUUCAGUCGUCAAGGCUUGCGAGCUUCUCGGAAUCGACGCCGAGAGCUUCGCCAAAUGGACCGUCAAGAAACAGCUUGUCACUAGAGGUGAGAAGAUCACGUCAAACUUGACUCAGCAACAAGCCACUGUCGUUCGUGACUCGGUCGCCAAAUACAUUUACUCCAGCUUGUUCGACUGGCUUGUCGAGAUUCUCAACAGCAGUCUGGCAACUCCCGAAGUCCUCGAAAACGUCACCUCCUUUAUCGGUGUUUUGGAUAUCUAUGGUUUCGAGCACUUCGCCAAGAACUCUUUCGAACAGUUCUGUAUCAACUAUGCCAACGAGAAGCUCCAACAAGAGUUUAACCAGCACGUCUUCAAGCUCGAACAGGAAGAGUAUCUUCGCGAGGAGAUUGACUGGAAGUUCAUCGAUUUCUCCGACAACCAGCCUUGUAUUGAUCUCAUUGAAGGCAAGCUUGGUGUGCUCGCUUUGCUCGACGAAGAAUCAAGACUACCUAUGGGUUCCGACGAGUCUUUCGUUACCAAGCUCCAUACCAGCUUCGGUGACAGCAAGUCAAAGUUCUUCAAGAAGCCCCGUUUCGGCAAGUCGGCUUUCACCGUCUGCCACUACGCUGUGGAUGUCGCAUACGAGUCUGAGGGCUUCAUCGAGAAGAACAGAGAUACUGUGCCCGAUGAGCAUAUGGAGGUUCUUCGUGCUUCCACCAACUCUUUCCUUACUGAAGUACUUGAGGCCGCUUCUGCUGUGCGUGAACGCGACACUGCAGCUGCUCAGGCAAAGCCUUCUGCCGUCGCUGCCGCUGGCAAGAGACCUGGUGCUGCCACAGCAAGAAAGCCUACCCUAGGUGGUAUCUUCAAAUCGUCCUUGAUAGAACUCAUGAGCACCAUCAACUCCACUGAUGUUCACUACAUUCGUUGUAUCAAGCCCAACGAGGCCAAGGAGGCUUGGAAGUUCGAGGGACCUAUGGUUCUGAGUCAAUUGCGUGCUUGCGGUGUUCUCGAAACCGUCAGGAUCAGUUGUGCUGGUUAUCCUACAAGAUGGACCUACGAGGAGUUCGCCCUACGAUACUACAUGCUUGUACCCUCAACGUUAUGGACUUCAGAACUCAGAGGCAUGGCCAACGCCAUCUUGACACAGGCACUUGGCGGUUCUGCCAACGACGGCUCAAGCAAGUACCAGCUUGGUCUAACCAAGAUCUUCUUCCGUGCCGGCAUGCUUGCUUUCCUCGAAAACCUGAGGACAAGUCGUCUCAACGAUGCUGCAAUCAUGAUCCAGAAGAACCUCCGCGCCAAAUACUACCGCCGUCGCUACCUCGAAGCUAUCGGCUCUGUCCGUGGGUUUCAGUCCCUUGUGCGAGGAUGCUUCGCACGGCGCAAUGCAGAUGAUGCGAGGCGGACCAAAGCUGCCACCACAAUCCAACGGGUGUGGAGAGGUCAGAAGGACCGCAAGAACUUCGUACUUAUCCGCAACAAUCUCAUCCAGUUCGAAGCGGCGACCAAGGGAUAUCUCUGCCGCAAGAACAUUUUGGACACGAGACUAGGAAAUGCUGCAAGAACCAUUCAGCGUGCCUGGAGAUCUGGACAGCAGCGUAAGGAGUGGACCGACUACAGACACAAAGUCACUCUUGUGCAAGGACUGUGGAGAGGUAAGCAGGCUCGCAAGGCGUACAAAGGUCUGCGUGAGGAGGCUAGAGACCUCAAGCAAAUCUCAUACAAGCUUGAGAAUAAGGUCGUCGAGCUUACCCAGUCACUCGGCGCCGUCAGGACCGAGAACAAGGCUCUCAAGCAUCAAGUGCAGAACUAUGAGAGUCAACUCAAUACCUGGAAGAACCGUACCCAAGGUUUGGAACAAAGAGCCAAAGAGCUCCAAGCAGAGGCCAAUCAAGCUGGCAUGAGUGCUGCCAAGGUCGGUCAGCUCGAAGAAGAGAUGGCCAAGCUCCAACACAACUACGAAGAGUCUUCAUCAAACAUGCGCAGACUACAAGACGAGGAGAAGACGUUACGCGAGUCACUUCGUGUUACUACCGAGGAGUUGGAGAACUCAAGGCAGAGCGUCACCGUCUCAGAGACCGAGAAGAUGUCAUUAAGGCAGCAACUGGCAGAGCUCCAAGAUCAGCUGGAGCACGCCAAGCGUGCUGCGCCAGUCAAUGGCGAGAUGACCAAUGGUGUUGCUGGUCAGCCCAGCGGUCUGAUCAACCUAGUCUCUUCUUCAUCCAAGAAACCUAAGCGUCGCAGUGCUGGCUUCGAACCCACAAACACCGACAGAUUCAGUGGCACUUUUAACCCUCGACCAGUGUCGAUGGCUUUUGGUGCUACCAGCGGUCACCAGCAAACUCUUUCCGGAUCUACCUUCAAGCCUGACUUGGAGAACGUUGAGAUGGAGCUUGAGAAUCUGCUUGCUAACGAGGAAUCCCUGAACGAUGAAGUCUCCAUGGGGCUCAUUAAAAACCUCAAGAUUCCCUCGCCUGGAUCUACACCUCCACCUACAGACAAGGAAGUUUUGUUCCCUGCCUACCUCAUCAACCUUGUCACUUCUGAAAUGUGGAACAACGGCUUUGUCAAGGAGUCGGAGCGCUUCCUCGCCAAUGUUAUGCAGUCCAUCCAGCAAGAAGUUAUGCAGCACGAUGGUGAUGAGGCUGUCAACCCUGGUGCUUUCUGGCUCUCAAACGUCCACGAGAUGCUCUCAUUCGUCUUCCUCGCCGAAGACUGGUAUGAAGCACAAAAGACUGACAACUUUGAGUAUGACCGCCUUCUCGAGAUCGUCAAGCACGAUUUGGAGAGUCUUGAAUUCAACAUCUACCACACUUGGAUGAAGGUGUUGAAGAAGAAGUUGCAUAAGAUGAUCGUCCCAGCCAUCAUCGAGUCUCAGUCACUUCCUGGCUUUGUCACCAACGAAAGCAACCGUUUCCUUGGCAAGCUUCUCCAAUCCAACAAUGCACCUGCCUUCAGCAUGGACAACCUCCUUUCUCUCCUCAACAACGUCUUCAAGGCCAUGAAGGCAUUCUACCUCGAAGAUUCGAUCAUUACCCAAACUAUCACCGAGCUUCUCCGUCUUGUUGGUGUCACCGCCUUCAAUGACCUUCUCAUGCGCCGCAACUUCCUGUCAUGGAAGCGUGGUCUGCAGAUCAACUACAAUAUUACCAGAAUUGAGGAAUGGUGCAAGAGUCACGAUAUGCCUGAGGGUACCCUCCAGCUUGAGCAUCUCAUGCAAGCUACCAAGCUUUUGCAGCUCAAGAAGGCGACGCUCAACGAUAUUGAGAUUAUCCAGGAUAUCUGCUGGAUGCUCUCACCUAAUCAAAUUCAAAAGCUUCUCAACCAAUACCUCGUAGCCGACUACGAACAACCCAUUAAUGGCGAAAUCAUGAAAGCCGUCGCCUCCCGCGUCACCGACCCGAAAACUGACGUCCUCCUCCUUCCCGCCGUUGAUAUGGACGACAGCGGCCCCUACGAAAUCGCCGAACCUCGCGUCAUCACCGCCUUAGAAACCUACACACCCUCAUGGCUUCAAACACCACGUCUUAAGCGACUAGCAGAAAUUGUCUCCGCCCAAGCCGUCAUGCAACAACAACUUGACGCCGGUGGUGCUAUCGCUAAAGAGGCAUAUGAAGGUGGUGAAGACGGCGAGGGAGGCGACAUGGGUGACUGGAGUCAUUUGAAUGGACAAAAUGGCCUCCAACAUCAUGAGCAAGAAGCUGGGAUCUAG